CGCGAACGCGUUUGUUCGACAGCCCGGCUACGAUGAGUACUUAUAGUUCUCCAUUUGAUCCAAGUGUGCCAAGUACAGCACCUUUAGGUGAUAACCUCAUGACCCUGCCAUCUGGCUUCUUUUUUCUGAUUCACCCUCUUUUCGAAUUCGGAGGCUUGCUUUGAAACUUCCUGGACGAAGUGGUCACUUGAUGAUUCGCUGUCAAUUGAAAUACUGAUCAUCCCGGAACAUCCUGUACGGAAAUUAUGUGGCUCGGUACUACUAGUAUUUAAGAGGUGACAAACGGUUACGAGCACCCCGUCCCCAUCUUGAUGGCAGCGUUAAAGGUGAUUGUAGCGUCGAUAUGCUUUCAGGGAAUUUUGGCACAGUCGUCGUCUGAGACAACUGUCUCUACGGCUGUCCCAAGCCCAUCUGCGGCGCUUGAUUCUCCUCUGCCUUCGCAGGUCCCGGAUCCUCCCACGCAGGCCUGGUGUCCAUCUGAAAUCUUUUGCGCUGGUCCAUUAUUACAAACAGUGAAUGUAGCCGCGCUGUAUUCCGAUCCCAAGACCUUUGUAGACAAGCCCACGAACAAACCGGCUGAGGAUGUACUAUUUGACUUCGAAAACCUAACGAGCGGCAACGUCACUGAGGGCCAAAUUGUGGAUUUUGUCGAUGCCGACUUCCGUGGGGAAGGUCUGGAAUUGGAGGCGCUGACUUUGGACAAUUUCAACGAGGAUCCCCCGUUCUUGGCAAACGUAUCUGAUUCCCUACUGAGAGCUUGGGCGCAAACUGUUCAUGGGUACUGGACUCAGCUGAUUCGCACGACCAAUUCUUCCGUCCUGUGUUCAGGAACAGCCUGCGAGAGCUCUCUGAUUCCCUUGAAUCAUACCUUCGUCGUGCCAGGCGGCCGAUUCCGUGAACAAUAUUACUGGGACAGUUUUUGGAUUGUCGAAGGUCUCCUUGAGUCGCAAUUAUACGACAUAGUCAAUGAUACACUGCAAAAUUUCAUGGACGAGCUAGACACCAUCGGAUUCAUUCCGAAUGGUGGACGAAUCUAUUACCUGAACAGGUCCCAGCCGCCUUUAUUUAUCCAGAUGCUGUUCCGCUACAUCACUGUGACGAAUGAUACAAGUAUAUUAACCAGAGCGUUGCCACUUGCUGAGAAAGAACUAGAUUGGUGGCAAGAGAACCGCACGGUCAAUGUGACGAGCCCAUCAACUAAUAAAGUACACGAGAUGGCUCGGUAUGCUGUCAACAACACUGCACCAAGGCCCGAGUCCUACCUCACUGAUUACUUGACCGCUAAUGGACCCGAUGUUUCGCCACCAUUAAAUGAAAGUCAGCGCUCCUCUCUGUAUGCUGAGCUUGCCAGUGGUGCCGAAACAGGAUGGGAUUAUACCUCCCGUUGGUUCAGCAAUCCAGCCGCAGGAAAUUCGGAUCUGAAGCAGUUAAAUGUUCGAAACACGAUACCUGUUGAUUUGAACAGUAUCUUAUAUAGAAAUCAUAUAAUCAUGGAGCAACUAUACUCGGACAACGAAACUGCGGCUAUGAAACAUCAUGACAAAGCCACUUCUGUCCGUGAAGGGAUCCUUGACUUGUCAUGGAACUCGACGAAGAUGGGCUUCUAUGAUUUUAAUAUUGCAUCCGGAACGCAAAAUCACGUGUUUUCUGCUGCCUCGUAUUAUCCAGUGUGGUCUGGUAUCACUCCCGUGGAAAUUCUGAGGAGCGCAGAGGAUGCUUUCAAAUAUUUCGCUCCCCUCAAUCUGGUCCUUAAACGUUACAACGGCACAUUUCCAAGUACAUUUUUGGAUACCAGCCUUCAAUGGGAUUUUCCUAACACAUGGGCGCCUCAUCAAUACAUCAUCCUCCAAGCCCUUCGUGCUCUACCCUCCCACAUCGCCGAUGUUACGCUUUUCGCGCUGUCUUCUAAUCAGUCCUCGUUUAAUCUUUUACCCGCCGACCAACUUGGUAUCUCGGAAUCUCAGCUUCCCAGCCAAACGCUUCUAUCAGGCGUAAAUGCAACUAAUUUGGGCCAUCAGGCCGACAUCAACACUUUGAAUGGAACGGUUCUGAACGGUGGGAACACUACGAUCUAUGAAGGUUGGUCCCAGACCCUCCAGAGAGAGCUCGCAAAUAGGUAUUUUGCUAGCGCAUUUUGCAGUUGGCAUGCGACAGGCGGCGAAAUACCGGGUAUUUUACCCCGUCUUUCUGAUGCUGAGCUCAAUGUGACGCAGAGCGUCAACAAUACCGGUAAUAUGUUUGAGAAAUUCUCGAGCCUGGACAUUGAUUCUGCCGGCCGUGGAGGGGAAUACACAGUACAGGCUGGCUUUGGAUGGACCAACGGUGUCGUUCUCUGGAUAGCGAGCGUAUACGGAGAUAUCUUGGCAACACCAAAUUGCCCUGCUUUAUUGGCCAACACGGCAUAAAGAAAAUUCAACCUCCGGUUCCGUCGCCAGCUUUGUGGGCAAUUCCAAGACCUUAGUAGUAGUCUUUGUCAGCUUCUUAACUCUCUAAACAAUGCAGGACAAUUUUACUCCUCCAAGCAAUGAAGAUGAAGAGGGCUUAUGUACUUGAAACACUGGCUUUUGCACUUAACUCAGGCCAAACAAUGUUGUCCGACUAUCGUUCUUUGUGUCGGUGCCGGCGC